AUGCGAAAAGUGAUACUUGUACUGAUUGUUUUCGCUUCACUGCACACUUUUGCUCAACGUGUGAAAUGUGUAUCUGAAUCGAAGUAUUUUAUUCCAAAUUUUACGGCAAACUGGUUCAAAGCAACGGAAUACUGCAACUACCUCGGAAUGCGCCUGGUUAUAAUUUCUUCCGCCGAGGAGCAAAACAAGGUAACGGAGAUGGUUACGAACACGGAUAAAUUCAGCAAUGAAACCACGGAAAUUUGGAUCGGAGGAAGUGACUUAGCUGAGGAGGGAAACUUUUACUGGCACUCCACGGGAGUAAGAGUUCGCUAUACGAACUGGAAGAAACAACAACCGGACAAUGCGCACAAUGUCGAGCAUUGUUUGGAGAUUCGAUAUAUUCCCGUUCAUGGUUGGAACUGGCACUGGAACGAUCGGGAGUGUAAGGAACGGCGUUACUUUGUUUGUGAGAAUCUGGAUCCCGGCAAGGAAAUUGUAAUGUUCUAA